AUGCGGCUAGCGCUUAGGGCUUCCCACAUUUCGAUGCGCAAAAGUCCAAAAGAAGGAAAAAGCGACUUCGAGAUUGGAAAAAAACCUUCUGGUCGACAACGCGCAAAUCCUCACCAUAAGAAUCCUUUUCAAGUAUUCUUCUGGAAGACUGUUCUCAUCAUGUCUAAAAUCACAGUCGCCGGAGUGCGUACCAACGUCCAGCAGCUUCUGGACUACUCUCACAAUGAGAAGAAGAGAAACUUCGUUGAGACCGUCGAGCUCCAGAUCGGCUUGAAGAACUAUGAUCCUCAACGUGACAAGCGUUUCUCCGGCACCAUCAAGCUGCCAACCGUCCCCCGCCCAAGAAUGAGCAUCUGUGUCCUUGGUGACCAGCACGAUAUCGACCGUGCUAAGCAUCUCGGCGUCGAUGCCAUGUCCUCCGAUGACUUGAAAAAGCUCAACAAGAACAAGAAGCUCAUCAAGAAGCUCGCUCGCAAGUACGAUGCCUUCCUUGCUUCCGACGCCCUUGUCCGACAGAUUCCUCGUCUCUUGGGUCCCGGUCUCUCCAAGGCCGGUAAAUUCCCUACCCCCGUCUCCCACAACGAGGAUCUUUCCAACAAGAUGAACGACGUCAAGUCCACCAUCAAGUUCCAGCUUAAGAAGGAGCUUUGCUUGGGUGUUGCCGUCGGCAACGUUGGUAUGACCGAGGAUGAGCUUAUCGCUAAUAUCAUGUUGGCUAUCAACUACCUCGUCUCCCUGCUCAAGAAGGGCUGGCAGAACGUUGGAAGUCUUACUAUCAAGGCUUCCAUGUCCCCACCAAAGAGAGUGUACUAA